AUGUCUUCUGCUCCUCAUCAAACUACUGCUGCCGCUGCCGCUUCAAACAUGGACCAAGCUCCCAAGAAGCGUUUGGCUGUUGGUGUUAUCGGUUCCGGUAACUGGGGUACCGCCAUUGCCAAGAUCUGUGGUGAAAACGCCCGUGCUCACGGUCACCACUUCCGCUCCAAGGUCCGUAUGUGGGUCUUUGAAGAAGAAAUCGAACACAAGGGUGAAAAGAGAAAGCUCACCGAAGUUUUCAACGAGACUCACGAAAACGUAAAGUAUCUUCCUGGUGUCGAAUGCCCUCCCAACGUCAUCGCCGUUCCUGAUGUUCGUGAAGUCGCCCGUCGCUCUGAUGUUUUGGUCUUUGUCGUCCCUCACCAAUUCAUCAACAAAGUUUGCGACCAAAUGGCCGGUCACCUCCGUCCCAACGCAGUCGGUAUCUCUUGUAUCAAGGGUGUUUCCGUCGGCAAAGACGGUGUCCGUCUCUUUUCCGAUGUCAUCCAAGAAAAGCUUGGCAUCUACUGUGGUGUUCUUUCCGGUGCCAACGUUGCCAACGAAGUCGCCAAGGAACAAUUCUGUGAAACCACCAUUGGUUAUAAGCCCCCUCAAGCCGUCAUCUCUGCCGAGCAAAUCGUCGCCAUCUUUGACCGUCCCUACUUCUCGGUCGUCUCCGUCGACGACGUUGCCGGUGUCGCCCUCGGUGGUGCUUUGAAGAACAUCGUCGCCAUGGCCGUCGGUUUCGCCGAUGGUUUGGAAUGGGGUGGUAACACAAAGUCUGCCAUCAUGCGUCGUGGUUUGUUGGAAAUGCAAAAGUUUGCUACCACUUUCUUUGAAAGUGAACCCGGUACUAUGGUCGAGCAAUCUUGUGGUAUUGCUGACUUGGUUACCUCUUGCUUGAGUGGCCGUAACAACCGUGUUGCCGAGGCUUAUGUCAAGUCUGGUAAGCCCAUCGACGUUCUUGAGAAGGAACUCUUGGGUGGUCAGCUUUUGCAAGGUGCUUCCACUGCUAAGGAAGUCCAUGAAUUCCUUUCCACCAAGGACAUGGUCAACGACUUCCCCUUGUUCCGUUCCGUUUACAACAUUUGCUACGAGAACAUGGACGCCAAGGAUUUGAUCCAAGUCCUCCAACCUUUGAAGGAAGAAUCCGAAAACGAAGGUGGUACUGAAACCGAGUAA